AUCUUUAAAACAGUUCAUUCAGUAUUUAUCAUCACACUCGUUCGCCAUAAAAUGAAGGUUGUUGAUUCUGUGGUCGGCAUGAACACCGUCAUGCGUGAUUUUGGAAAGUUCGCCAUCUAAUAGAUGUUUCGAAGACGUAUCUGCGCAUGCACCCAUUGGUUGGUUCCCCUAAUGAAUAAGCACAUUUGUCAUGACACAAGGAUGACGAAGCGGCUCCUGAACACUGUGGCGGAUCUGUCAAACUCCCAUGUUUCAUUUUGUUCUUGAAAUAAUUUAAACUCACAACGAAUGCGAGUUUUGUAUUUUUGCCUGUUUUUAUGAUCUUGAAUGUGAGCCAACUGUUAAGUCUGGUUUUUCGAGUUUAGUGUGCGAGAAAUUCAAGCAAAGCUACAAAGCUAGCUGUAACGUCGGUGCUCUGCGGUGUUUAAACACACGUUUGUCUAAAGCUAUAGCGAUGGAUGUUGACAGCUCCUACAACGUGAAGUUGUACAUUUACGACAUUUCAAAAGGACUGGCCCGGCAACUCAGUGCCAUGAUGCUGGGAAGGCAACUCGAGGGAAUAUGGCACACCUCUAUAGUGGCUUAUGGGGAAGAGUUAUUCUUUGGAGGAGGGGGCAUUUCAAGCUGCCAUCCGGGUGGUACACUUCUAGGUAUGCCUGAUUCCAUAGUGGAUCUUGGAAACACAGAAGUUCCUCGAGACCUCUUUCUGGAAUAUCUCUCUUCUCUCAGUGAGUCUGUUUAUAGACCUGAAAAAUACCACCUUUUUGAACACAACUGCAACAACUUCAGUUGUGAGGUAGCCCAGUUUUUAACUGGAGCCAAGAUUCCCUCAUACAUCACUGAUCUCCCAUCUGAGGUGCUUGCAACACCUUUUGGCCAAGCACUCCGUCCUCUUCUAGAUUCUGUCACCAUCACUCCACCUGGGAGCAAUGGCAUAAAUGGAUUUGGCCAGAAGUAGAUCUGGCUGCAUCUAAGAAUCUAAAAUUGAAACAGCCAUAAAGCUUGUGUAUCAGACUUUCAGGAUAAUUAACUUACCAAUUGUGCCUUUUCAGUGAAAGAAAACAGUGUAAACAAAAGCUUUUUGUUUUGUUUUUUAAUAUAAAAGCAGGUCUUCCAGA